UAUUUUUUCACAAUAAUGCAAAAUUUAUCGAAAAUGAAGGCGGUGCAUAUUAUUGCAUUAUUUCUACCUGUUGUAUUAAGUGAUGAUAUAUGUUCACCAGAGUUUGUAGACUUAAUAAAUAAUAAAAAUAGCACAUGGGUUGCCCAUAGCAAUAAUUAUGAUGAAAACAUUUCAAUCGAAGAUAUAAAAAAAUUACUGGGUGUAAAACUAAGGGAUCAAAACUUAAGAAAUGUUAAGGUAUUUAAACACAGUGAAAAUAUUCAAGUUCCUGAUUCUUUCGAUGCGAGGGAACACUGGAAACAGUGUUCGGAUGUUAUCAGCGCAAUUGUAGACCAGUCAGGUUGUGGAUCUUGCUGGGCCGUGUCUGCAGCUUCCGUAAUGAGUGACAGACGAUGCAUUGCGUCGAAUGGAAAACUGAAAAUUCCAGUUUCUGCUGAAGAUCUACUGUCUUGUUGCUCUUACUGUGGUGAUUGCCAUGGAACCUCACAGCCAGAACGUGCAUGGGAUUAUUGGCAAGAGACAGGAAUUUCUACAGGAGGUCUUUAUGGUAGCAAACAGGGUUGUAGACCGUAUUCGUUAUUGAAUUGUACGCCAUCAUGUCCCCAAUUCUACGAAACACCAGCUUGCAAACACAAAUGUGACAAUCCCAAACUCGAUUACACAAAAGAAUUAACUUUUGGUCAAGGUUCAGUACAUACUUUCAAUUCAGUUGAGGACAUUAAAAAGGAGAUACUGAUCAAUGGCCCAGUGGAAGCAACUUUCAUGGCUUAUCAAGACUUCCUGUGUUACAAAAGAGGUGUUUAUCAACAUGUUGCUGGCAAUGAUAUUCCUGAUGGUCAUGCAGUGAGGGUUUUAGGCUGGGGAGAAGAAAAUGGAACGCCCUAUUGGCUGGUUGCUAAUUCAUGGAAUGAAGGUUGGGGUGACAAGGGGCUGUUUAAAAUCAUUUUAGGAAAAAAUGAAGUAGGCAUCGAGAGUAAUAUGAUGGCAGCACGUCCGAAAAUAUAAUUAUAACAACUUUUUAUCUGGUUAGUUUAUAAUAUCAUGUUUUCACUAUUAAUAAAAACUAACUUCAAAUUAAAA